AUUACACAUACAAAAUUAUAUUAAUAUUUUAUUGAAUACAACAUCAAUACAAACUAAAAAUGAACUUUAAAUUCAUCGUUGCUAUGGCAAUUUUUAUCAUCGUCAGUAUGUUUAAUUUAGUACUAGUCGAUGCACAAACAACAACUGCUCCUCUCACGCCUACCACGGGUACUACGACUACCACGACUUCCCCACCUGCCACAUCAGGCUAACUCCCUUAUCGUAUUUUACAAAUUAUUCAUCAUCGUCAGUAUGUUAAUUUAGCACCUGCCACGUCUGCCACGUCUACUGCACCUUCCUCGUCUACCGCAACAGGCAAAUGCCCAUCUUAUCCACUUAAAUAAUCUACAGGAACAUCAUAACCAACAGCAACUACCUACUUGAUAAUAAUAUUAAUAAGGCUAUAGUUGCAAGUUUGAUACACCUAAGUCAAUAAUUUAGCUUAUUUAUACUUUCUGAUGUACCUAUUUUAUAUCCAAAUACAAUUGUAUGCACACUAAGAUGUUAACUCAUAUUAUAUAUCCAUUAAACUACAAAAUACAUGAGUCAUCCAAAUUUUAAUACGUUAUUGUAACAUUGCACUUAAUAAUCAUGUAUGCUUUCGAAAAUAAAACAACUUCAAAUACCUAAUAAAAA